GCGUUAUUAAACGCAAGAGCAUCCAUGUUAUAAUUUUUCAUAAAAAUAUAGUUUAUAAGGUAAAUAACCCCAAAAAGUUUCUUUAUCUGAAAACAUGGAUCAAAAAGGUGGAAAUAGUGACGAUGAAAGUGCCCCAGCCAAAACAUCUAAACAAAAUAACGUUUUACCACUCUGGGGCAAUGAAAGGACAAUGAAUCUUAAUCCCCUAAUUCUGACAAAUAUCCAGAGUUCGCACUACUUUAAAGUUAAUCUGUAUGAAUUAAAAACUUACCAUGAAGUAGUGGAUGAAAUCUAUUACAAAGUAAGUCAUCUAGAACCAUGGGAGAAGGGCUCAAGACGUACCUCAGGACAAACUGGUAUGUGUGGUGGUGUGAGAGGAGUAGGUGCUGGAGGAAUAGUAUCUACUGCAUAUUGCCUUUUGUACAAAUUAUUUACCUUAAAGUUAACAAGAAAACAAUUAAAUGGUCUCAUAAGUCAUUGUGAUUCUCCUUACAUUAGAGCUUUGGGUUUUAUGUAUAUACGCUACACUUUCCCUCCUGCCAAUCUUCUGGAAUGGUAUGAAGAUUAUUUAGAGGAUGAAGAGGAGCUAGAUGUAAAAGCUGGUGGUGGCCAAAAUAUGACUAUGGGGUUGAUGCUGAGGCAAUGGCUGGUCAAGCUGGAUUGGUUUUCAACUUUAUUUCCCAGAAUUCCAGUUCCAAUUCAACAAAAAAUACAGAAACAUUUAGAGGAUAAUACUAUAAAGACAGAUGAAUUUAGACCUAUAAAUAUACUUUCGCCCAUUGAGAAAUUAUUAAAAUUGGUAGAGAUAGAUACAAACACUCCUGACCAUGGAGCUGCACGAAAGCGGAGUCAAAAUUCACAUAAAGGCAGAAAGGUUCUAUUGUUUGAAUUGGACAAUGAUAAAUGUUUAGUAGUAGUUUUCCUUGAUCUAAAAAGAGCUUUUGAAGCUAUUGAUCAUAAUAUACUUCUCACUAAAUUAGAAUGCUAUGGUAUUGGAGGAAAUGUUCUUGAAUGGAUUAAAGAUUACUUAUUGGAUAGAAAGCAACAAGCACGAUGA